CGCACCGUCCCUGUCAGAGGCUGUGGCGGUGCAGGUGUUGGUGGCUCCGCGCACUCAUGGCAGAGGCGAUGCCGCUGCUGCCGCUGCUCGUCCGCAGCCCCUCGCAACGACACCCGGACCUGCGCCUUCGUGCCGACCCCACCUGGACCGUUCGCCGCCUUAAGGCCGAGCUGCGCCGCCUCGUGCCCGAGGCACCGCCUGAAGAUGACCAAAGGCUGAUUUAUUGUGGGAAGCUGCUGCUGGAUCAUCAUUAUCUGAGAGACCUGCUGCCAAAGCAGGGGGAGCUGCAUGCUCUUCAUUUGGUGUACAACUUAAAGACUCCUGCAAAUCUGCAAGAAGCCAAUGCAGAGGUUAGAGCUGCUGCAGCCAAAAUCACCCAUUGGGAGCCAGUCCAGGACGCAAACUUCCUCAAACCAGAGACCUCUUCUGGGAGCCCAUCUUCAGCAGAAGCCAGUGACAGGUUUCAGCCAGCUCACCACCCUUUCCAACCUGUCACCUCUGGCUUCUCUGCUUACACAGCCUACAGCAUGCUUCAGAUCUCCUGGCUUCAGCAGCUCUAUGCAGGACAAUAUUACAUGCAAUACUUGGCUUCUACUGCUGCAUCUGCUGACCCAUCCCAUGCACAACGUUCUCAGGAGAUACCAGUGGCCCCAGUGACACCCCCAGCUCCUCUCUCACACCCCUUUCCUCCACAAAAUCAGCCUGGAAACCAGGAUGCUGCUGCCCAGGUUAAUGCUGGCAGCCAACCCAAACUUGAGGAUGAAUGCCCAAGGGGGCCCCUCAUGGAGGAAGAGGAGGAGGGAGGCAAUCGAGAUUGGCUGGACUGGCUCUACUCAGCAACACUCUUCUGUUUUGUCAACAUUAUCUAUUUCUACUCCAGUGUCAGCAGAUUCCUCCUGGUGAUGGGUGGCACUGUGCUGAUUACCUGCAACCGUGUUGGAUGGCUUUCCCUUCAGACAGAGAGCAGCUCAGCCUUCCCAGGCAAUGCUCCUCCUCAAGCUGCUGUAAACCAGGACCAGAACAAUAACUUGCAGGGAGGAGAUGCAGAGAGAGCAGAUGAAACUGAGGCCCCUCCUGAGGGCAGGUUUUACAAGAACUGCAGCAGGCCAGCCCCUCACUUAUGAGCACAGCAUGGGUUUUUUUCAAAGACUUUCUUUGCAUCCCUCCUUCCAGAAGGGCCUGGAGUGUUCCAGAACUGACUCCUCACUGAUCUGCUUGUCUGGAGAGGCAGUGCUACCAGAGGGACUCAGACACCAGCUCCAAAACAGAAGUGAAUGUGGAAGGAGUCUCUGGCUUUCACUGUCCAACCAACCAAGCCUUAAGUUGUUGCAGCCUAGAGGCAAAGAUGCUUGCCCCAUUCCAAGGAACUUUUUUCUGUAACAUUUAUUAGGUACCUGUGUAGAGGCUUGGCAUUGUUAACUUGAGCACUAAAAGCACAGACUGAGGGGAUGUGCUAAAACAUUAAAGAAGCAAAUUGCUUCUGUGCAAUGUGAUUCCUGUUGGAAUGUUUCAAAUGCUAUUUAAAUUACACUGAGUGUAGGAGCUCAAAAAUAUACCAGAUAUGCAUUAGAUAUUUAGGAAAGUUCUGUUGUUAAAUUGCUUCAGCAGUUUGAAUUUUCUGUGUAAAUAUUUUCUGAUGAAGGAUGUAUGGUGCAAUUUUCUGUGGAGGACUGCAAGACAGUGACCUCUUGAUGAGCAAUUACCUUGGUGAGUUGCAGGUUAAAUGUCAUGGUUCCAAAUCAGGAUACUGAAAGCUUAAUUCCCCCCUGCCAAAUCAUGGGAAGAGAGUUGUUCAGCUCUGUCUAGAAAGAAUGCUUGCAAGUUGUAAACUUACAUACCUGCUUUUGGAUACAAAGCUAAAAGAGUCUAAUGCCUGUACUGAUUUAUUCUAGCUCCAUUGUGUUGCUGAUUAGUUCAGCGGCUCUGAUUCCAAUAAAGUUUGCAGACAUUUAUAUCCAUGCUUGUAUCCACUCUGGCCAUGGGAAGGCUCCUUGUGCAGAGCACAGAACACACAAGAUGUGUUACUUGCCUUGUAAUGCAGGAGUCAUGAUAAAUGAGUUGGGAUUUGAGAGGAGGAGAGGCUGACAGAGCCUGAAGCUCAGCUGCUUGCCCUUGGCCUGUGCAGCUCCAUUGCCUUGGUGUGGUUGUAGCUUUUAUUUGCUGCAGGCACAAAGGCCAAGGGCAUCCUAAAGCUGGGAAUUCUGCAGGUGUUUGGGAAAAAGUCAGAGCUUGGUGCCCUGAGCACGGGUGGCUCCUGGUGGCUUUGCAGUUUAUCUUGGCUUGGGGAUUUAACUUGGCUGGAAAUGUCUGAGGAGAACAAGCAGCUUGUGCAGCCUCUGAAGCUUGUCCUCAGUGCCACCUGCUGCUGGUGAACGUGUUCAGCCGUUGGAACAGCCCAACUGGCAGUGCUUGGUUAGGCAUAGUUAUGGGCACCUGCAGUAACAAGUUUCAUUUUACUGAUUUUUUUUGUUUGUUUUGUGUGUGUGAAACCAUUUCCUUCCAAGCUCUUAGCAAGUAGUUAUUCUGCCACAUCUCGUUUGCUGGGGAGGAUGGGUAGGACAAAGUGGUUAAAAAUUGGCAAAUAAAGUCAAUAUUUAUGAAUAAAAUAAUUUGAGAGGA